CUUUUUGCCUGGUGGCUCAGCAGCUUCUGAGAUGGACAGAUUUGUAAUCAGGAAGCAAAAGAGUGAGGCAGUAGAAGAGAAACGCCGCACUGAUAAAGCAAAGGGAUCAGCGGGACAGGCGACACUUCUUUCCCUGAGGAGAGUAGUUGUUCUGGAAGACAUAAAAAGAUGGAAGUGUGUCUUGGAGUUUCCAUAUCAGACAAAGGAUAACUUGCUGGAAGCUCUGAUGGAACUAAAGAAGAAAAUUCCUUCUGAGGAAGUGAUUCUUUCAACCAAAAUCGGUGAAGCAGUGCGCAACCUGCACACACACAAUGACAAAGAUGUAGCUGGCCUUGCGCAAGAGAUUCAUACGCAGUGGGAAACAUUUAUAAAAGAAUAUCGUUGCAAACCAUGUAUUGAAGUGAGAAGUGAUGCUGUAACUGAGAAAUUACGUGGCAAUGCUAGGCGGCUGCUUUGUGAGGCACUUCAGACAGCGGAUGACAACUCUCUCGCUGAAUGCAUUGAACGUGAGAUCUUCCACGAGAGCAAACGUUUAAUCAACGUUCCCUAUCGCAGAACUGUCCGUACGCUUGUGUUUGCUUUGAAGCACAAGCCAGAAAUUCGUUCUCAGGUGAAGAAUGGAUCUAUACCAUUAAAUGAGCUUGUGCGUUGUCAUAAGAAGUAAUGGAUUUUGCAAAUAUCGCAGGUGUUUAAAUUAGACUGGACAUUUUUCUUCUGAAAUACUCCAGGUAUGCCGGAUGUGCAGGCUCCUGUAAAUAAUGACCUGAUUGUGCAGGCUAUCCUGAUCCAUCUACUUAAAUUCAUAGAUGUCAUAAUAAUAUUAUGAUUCUUCCUCCAAUUUCUCACCUUGGGAUAGUUCUUCUAUUUUUGCGUGUGUGAGCGAUACUCUGGAUGUACGUUCAGUUAUGCACAUACUGCAAAAACAUCUUAUGGAAAGCAAUGUAGACUUUUUAUUAAAUGAUAUUUAGUAUAUUUUUAUAUUUGCAAAGCAUGUAAACACAGGCAUUUUAUUUUUUUUUUUGUAUGUGAUUUGUUUUUGUUUUUUUGUUUUUUUCAACUUUAUUUUUAUUGAUUUUAAUAUAUUGUAUGAACAGAAGAUUCCAAUCAUACUUGUCACAUAGUAUGUUGGGUAAGAAAAAUGGUACAGCAAAGGAAAAAAA